AUGAGAUUUUCAGAUACUGUUUUACACCUGACUCGAUGUGACGAUCUUUCCGACUACGCGCCACGGCUCAUGCAAACUUGGCAGCGAGGUAUAUCUGUGGUAGCCCUUCAACCGCAACUGCUUGAACUGUUGGUGGAAAUUGUCAAUCAGAUGUGGAAACAUUUCGAGGUGUUCCGGCGUAGUGUGGAUGCAAAUCUGAGAAAGUACAACCUAAACAGUGGAGAGGCCUACGAAGAAAUACAUAAGCGAUGUUGCACCCGGCUGAAACGGCCAGGUAAACGUCGUGGCACGGGAGCUGUUCCACCGGAGAAGAUCAAUGUCCCGCAUACUAUCACACCGUCUGCAGCGAAGAACAUGGAUCAGAUUCUCAGUUGGACGGUCAACAAGCAAAGGCUCAACAUUGAUGCAGUUGUGCGAGCAUGGGCUGUGGAUUCGCUGGUAUCAAAGGAGGAAUGGGCCCAAUGGCUGGUCAAGCUCCGUGUAGCUUUCAUCAAGUCAGGAAGUUCUGCAGCAAUUCGUGCAGCUGCAUCGUUGAGUGAUCAGCAUCAACACCUGGCCAAGGAUCUCUUCAAUGCUGCCUUCAUGUCUGUAUGGACAGAAUUAACCGAAGAGCUACAGGAUAGGCUUACUGGUUCCUUAUUAACUUCAGGAAGUUCUGCAGCGAUACGUGCGGCUGCAUCGCUGAGUGAUCAGCACCAGCACCUGGCCAAGGAUCUCUUCAAUGCUGCCUUCAUGUCUGUAUGGACAGAACUGACCGAAGAGCUACAAGAUAGGCUUACAGGAUCCUUACUAACUGGUCCUCUGCCGAUUGCAUAUGAUCGUUUGGGGAAGAGUGCUGAAGAGACAAAAGCAUAUGCCAAAGCGUUGCGCUACAAGGAGCUUCAGAUCCAUAAGCAUCUGAAUAGAGGCGGCGGUCGAUUAACGACAGAGGAUUGCCAAGCGCUCAUCACGUAUGCAAAUAAGUUGAAUGUCCAGGAAGAGGCCGCUGGUGUUGUACGGUAUGCUGAACAACAUGAAAUGGUUAUUCCGAUGCUUGGACGAUGGUACGAGAAGUUGAAUGAAUGGGAGAAGGCCCUCGAAGCUUACAUGUCCGAUCCGGAACCGUCGUCCGACGAGAUGAUCGGGCACCAAAUGCGAUGCCUGGAGGCGUUAGGACGUUGGAGUGAACUGAACGAACGUGCACGAACCGUACAACGAAAGGAUCAGAAGGUUGCUGUGAUGGCUGCACGCGGAGCAUGGGCAGUCGGUUUUUGUAUCUUCUCUAUAUAA